AUAAAAAUUGAAUUUCAAUAGUCGCCGGUAGCUGCAGUUGAAACGAGACGGGAGAAGAUAAAGACAGAGACGGAGGCGUAGCGAGAAAGGUAGAGUGAAAGAGAGCAGCCGAACCGAACCCCCUGCGAGAACAGUUACAGACGCAAACAACAAUCGACAGCGGACGUCGGCAUCGCAGUUUUUAAACCAUUUUUUGUCAGUCAGUCGCUCACCUUACACACCUCCGCUCUUGCCUUUUAUUAGAUAUCGAAUAAAUAUUGCCCGCAACGCAAAACGAAACGAAACGGCCAAGGAAUAAAAGCUCUAAAUCACAUGUGAUCCACGCCGGCGGCCCAUGUGUGCUGCUACAGUGCAAAGAAGAGUGUGACCCAUUUUGGCAACGCCGGCGCCGACAUCGACAGACUUGCUACAUAUACAUACGUUCUCACGCCCGCCCACACCGGGACCCCCUUCUUCUCAUAUCAUCCGACUAAAAUGAGCAGCAUCACGUUUUUGUGCAGCAAGACGAGCCAAAAUCACAACAAUGGCGAUGUCCAAAAGGGCAAAUCAUCAGCCUUUGCAUCCGCAUCCGCCGGUUUACUAACUAUCGCGAACCAUCAACAACAACAACAACAGCAACAGCAUCAUCAGCAACAGCAACAACAACAACUGCAGUCAAAGGUUAAGGCUAUUGCAGCCAAAACCAAUGGUCACAUCGAUGAUCGCUCGGAUGUCACGGAACAGCUGUAUGUGGAUCCCUAUGCCGAGCUGGGCAGCAGCAACUGCUGCCCUGCCUCGCCCACCACAGUGCCUGCGAAAGCGUCCCUGGAAUCGCCACUGAAACGGUCCGGCCGGCGACAGCGCACCACCUCUAUAGGAAACCAGACUACCACCGCCAAUCCGUCCGAGUGCAUUAUCCGAGCAAAUAAUCGCACGAUCUAUACGGCCGGACGUCCUCCAUGGUAUAACUGUGCAGGGCAACAGGUGGAACCCUUUGUUAUAGGAAUCUGCGGAGGCAGCGCUUCUGGUAAAACCACAGUGGCUGAGAAAAUUAUUGAAAGUCUGGACGUGCCAUGGGUUACCCUGCUGUCCAUGGACUGUUUCUACAAGAUCCUGAAUGAGAAGCAGCACGAACAGGCCCUGAGCAACGAGUACAACUUCGAUCACCCAGAUGCCUUUGACAUCGAACUGCUGCUGGAUGUGCUCACCAAACUGAAGGAGGGCCGCAAAGUGGAGGUGCCAGUUUACAAUUUUGUGACACACGGCCGGGAAAGUCAAACAAAGACUAUGUACGGAGCAAAUGUUAUUAUCUUCGAGGGCAUUCUGACUUUUCACAGUCCCGAGGUGCUCAAGCUUCUGGAUAUGAAAAUCUUUGUGGAUACAGAUCCAGAUAUUCGCCUAGCCAGGCGGUUAAAAAGGGAUAUCUCACAGCGCGGACGAGACCUGAAGGGCGUUUUAAAACAGUACUUGAACAUGGUAAAGCCCUCAUAUGCCAAUUACAUAGCCCCCACCAUGGCCCAUGCGGACAUUAUUGUGCCCAGGGGCGGGGAGAACAAGGUGGCCAUCCAUCUCAUCGUCCAGCACGUCCACACACAGCUCCAACUGCGAGGCUUCAAGCUGCGCGAAACUCUGGCCAACUCCUACAAGGACCAGCCUAUGCCACAUUCUCUGCACCUGUUGCAUCCUACGCCCCAAAUCAAGGGCCUGCACACGUUCAUUCGCUGCCGAAACACAUCCCGGGAUGAGUUUAUCUUUUACUCGAAACGCCUGAUCCGGCUAGUUAUAGAGUAUGCACUGAGUCUGUUCCCGUUUAAAACCACCACAGUGGAGACGCCCCAAGGUGUCCUGUACGAAGGCAAGCGCAUGGAAUCCCGCAAGAUAUGUGGCGUUUCCAUUCUCCGAGCUGGUGAAACCAUGGAGCAGGCCGUCUGCGAUGUGUGCAAGGAUAUUCGUAUUGGGAAAAUCCUUAUUCAAACCAAUUUGAAGACCGGCGAGCCAGAGCUCUACUACCUGAGGCUGCCCAAAGACAUAAAAGACUACAAGGUGAUACUGAUGGACGCCACCGUGGCCACUGGUGCAGCGGCCAUGAUGGCCAUCCGGGUGCUACUGGAUCAUGAUGUGCCCGAGGAGAAUAUCAUCCUGGCCUCGCUUCUGAUGGCCGAGAUCGGUGUGCACUCCAUUGCCUACGCCUUCCCAAAGGUGAAAAUUGUUACUUCCGCUCUGGACCCGGAGAUUAAUAGUAAGUUUUAUGUUAUACCCGGCAUUGGUAACUUUGGCGAUCGUUACUUCGGCACGGAGCCCUCCGACGACUACUAA